CCAGCGCCGCUUCCGCCAGCCCCGGCACCGGCCGCAGGUUCCCAGCACAGAGAGGCCCCGGGUCCGAGCCCUCUGAGCCCUGGGUGGCUCCGGGAGCGCGAUGGGGACACCACGGGCACACCACCCUUUGCUGUAAGAUGCUUUUCCCAGCCCUGCCCCAGGCCCCAGGCUGCUGAUAUGGCUCAGAGCGCUGAGCUGCAGCCCAGCUUCGAGGAGCUGCUCGCCAUCCUGGGCCAGGCCCCUCCAGAGAAACUGCUGAGGCUCAAGCUCAGACUGGAGCACUCCAAAGCUGCGCCCUGCAGCAAGGUCCUGCACGCUAUGGUGCUGCUCGCUCUGGGGCGAGAAACGGAUGCAAGGAUUUGUCUGGAUGCCCUGAGGGACAACCAGGCAGCCCAGUACAUCCAGCAGACCCAACUGGGCGCUGCAGGAGUGCAGGAGGACGGGGGGGCUGUGCAGCCUCCGCAGCUGGAUGCAGGGGCCAUGGCACUGCUGGCACAGGUGUACACGGUGCUGGCACAGGAGAAGCUGUGCAGUGCUGAGGCCAGGGACAGAGCCUGCCAGGCUGCCACCAAAGCCAGCAAGGACACGCAGCGGGGGACACUCAACAGCUUUGUCCCCGAGGAACAGGACAGAGAGGGCUCUGCAGCCAGCGGGGGCUCAGGGGUCAGGUUCUGCACGCUGAGAUCCCAGGAGGACGCAGGAUUUCCCUGCACUGCCACCCCCCACUACGUGCAGAGGAGCUCACCGGUGCCCAUCGGUGCCAGCUCCGGCCUGUGGGGCCCUCGGACCUUGCGCUCUGCGGGGAGCUCCUCCCUGUCCAGCUGCUUGGAGAUCAGUGCCUCACCGACAGUCGCUUUUCACACCCAGCCCUCUGUCCCCGAGUGUGUCCCUGGGCCCAGCCGUGCUGGACACCCCGGUGGGGACACACAGAGCCAUGGCCCGCAGGAAUGCAGCUGGGCCAGCACAGCCAGCUCUCCUCCUGGGCAGGACACAGCUGCCCGAGUGCCCAGUCCCUGUCACUGCACCCCGCUCCCCAUUCCCGAGACCCCGCUGCCCUCGGAGCCUGCCCAGAGCAGUGACGUGUCCAGCACGGUGACAGAGCCUCACACACCAAGAGAUGAGCAGCAUGAAGAGCAGCGUGAAGAGCUGAAGAAUGAAGAGCUGAAGGAUGAAAGGAUGAAAUUCUCUACUGGUGUCCCUGAGCCAAGGGCUGCAGUGGACACUGCUCCUGCCCACAGGUCCAUAGAGGACUCCUACAUUCCAGGCAUUCCCCCUAACUCUGCACCUGCUUCUAUUCCAACCUGUUCCCUUCCUCCUCCUACUUAUUCCUUCUCCUCAACUCUUCCUCCUCUUCAGGAAUCUCACUCCAGCCUAUUACCUCCCCCCUCUCCAGCCUCUCCUGCUCUGCAGGAUCCAGCUGUGGAUCCAUCAGAGCCAGAGUUCUACUCCUUUGUUGUCCUGCACGCCAGUGAAGAUCUGCUUGUGGCCCGGCGGGUGAAGAACCUUCUGGAGAGCCUGGGGGUGCGUGACGGUGCCACGCUGAGCGAGGAGUUCCUCAUUGCAGGCUGCAGCCAGAUGGAUUGCUUCCAGACAGCCAUAGAAAACUCUGCCUUCAUCAUCCUCCUGCUGACCAAGAACUUCCUGUGCAAGCUGUGCCUGUUCCAGACGGACACUGCCCUGAUGCAGUCCAUCCUGGAGCCCUCCAAGCAGAACUCAGUCAUCCCCUUCCUGCCCAGGACGGACGCCCUGGAGAGCAGCGAGAUCCCCAGGAUGCUCAGUGUGCUCGUGACCCUGAAUGAGAGCUCUCCUGCCUUCUCCACGAAUGUGCUCAAGACUUUUGACCCCAAGAGGAUCAGGGAGAAGAAAGCCCAGUGGGAGCAGGAGCAGAGAAGGAAGCUCCAGGCACGUUGGGAACAGCUCCAGGCCCAGCAGAGGUUGGCUGCCCUGAGCCUGGGCUCCCGUCCCUGGGUGCCACCAGCCCAGCCCUGGUGUCCCCCUGCCCCCAUGGAGCCCCCUCCUGCUCAGAGGGGUCCCCCUGCCCCAGCACAGCUCCCCCCAGGCCACUACAGCAUCAGCCCAGGCCAGGGAGGGAUGCCACCCCUGAUCAUCCAGAACGCCCGCAUGGUGCAGAUCGGGAACCACAACGUGAUGGAGGUGAGACCUGCCCCAGCUGGGCCAGGCACAGCGUCUGACCCGGGACAGCCCAGCUCAGAGACCCAAUCGACUUCAAAUCCUGGAUUAGAGUGAUCCUGCUGGGAAUGGGACUAUUACUCUGUGCACCAAGAGUGCCACUUUACUGAACCACUAAAGAAAAUUCUAUAUUUUUUGUUGGAAAAAAGAUGUGGCAAUCUUUUGGAACUGUUCUUCCUUGUGCCUAUUUUUUAGAAACUGAGAAAAUUAUUUUCCUGAU